AUGCUGUCACAUCUGCCCCUGUCUGGCAUCCUACACCUUCCAUGCAGGAUGUCCUCCUCUCUGGCCACGGCACUGCCCGCCUCUCUCUUGCGCUCUGCCGCCUAUAUUGGGGGUUCCUGGUUGAAAUCUUCUGACUCUACAACUUUCCCAGUGGUGGAUCCUGCAACUGGCACAGAAAUAGUUCAGGCUACUGACUGUGGCCCCAGAGAAUGUAGGGAGGCAGUCAAAGCAGCCGCUGCAGCCUUUCAGACCUGGAAAGAGGUGCCCAGCAAGGAGCGAAGCGACUUGUUGCGGAAGUGGUACAACCUAAUAAUCCAGAACAAAGAGGAUCUUGCUCGGAUUAUCACAGCAGAAAAUGGAAAACCUACAAAAGAAGCACUUGGUGAAAUAGUUUACGCUGCUGGAUUCCUGGAGUGGUUUUCAGAAGAGGCUCGUCGCAUAUACGGAGAUGUAAUUUCUGUGCCAAUGAGAGACCGUAGGGCUUUAGUCCUCAAACAUCCUGUUGGAGUUGCAACUAUUAUCACACCAUGGAAUUUCCCCAGUGCUAUGAUCACGCGGAAGGUGGGUGCUGCCCUAGCAGCUGGUUGUACAGUUGUGGUGAAGCCUGCAGAAGAUACUCCGUUAUCUGCCUUAGCACUUGCAGAGCUUGCUCACCAAGCUGGGAUCCCCGCAGGAGUUUAUAAUGUUGUACCGUGUUCCCGGGAGAAAGCUCCGGCAGUCGGAGAAGUUCUCUGCACAGAUCCUUCCGUAGCUAAAAUUUCAUUUACUGGGUCCACGGCAACAGGAAAGAUCCUGCUUCGCUAUGCAGCGGAGUCUGUGAAGCGGGUGUCUAUGGAACUCGGGGGACAUGCUCCUUUCAUUGUUUUUGACAGUGCAGAUGUUGACAAGGCUGUUGCCGGAGCUCUUGCGUCCAAAUUUCGCAAUUCUGGGCAGACAUGCGUAUGUACAAACAGAUUCCUGGUACAGAAAGGGAUACAUGAUGUCUUUGUGCAAAAGUUGUCGGCAUUGAUCAAGAAGGACCUGCGUGUUGGAAAUGGAUUUGACGAAGGAGUUACCCAGGGACCACUCAUUAAUGAGAGAGCUGUGGAGAAGGUGGAACAACAUGUGAAGGAUGCAGUGUCUCAAGGGGCACAUGUUGAAACUGGAGGCAAUCGAUCCACAUAUGGAAAGAACUUUUUUGAACCUACGUUGCUCAGCAGUGUUACGACAAAAAUGCUCUGCAGUAGGGAGGAAACAUUUGGACCUUUAGCACCUGUCAUCAAGUUUGACACUGAAGAUGAAGCUUUGGCGAUUGCAAACUCAGCCAAUGUGGGCUUAGCAGGUUACUUUUACUCCCAAGAUCCAGCGCAAAUCUGGAGAGUGGCUGAACGCCUAGAAGUUGGAAUGGUGGGGGUUAAUGAAGGCUUGCUGUCAUCUGUUGAGUGUCCGUUUGGUGGAGUGAAGCAGUCUGGCCUCGGACGAGAAGGAUCAAAAUACGGCAUUGAUGAAUAUUUAGAAGUUAAAUAUGUUUGCUUUGGGGGCCUAUAAUAUGUGCAUUAGUGUAUAAAUAUAAUAUACAUUGUUGUACCAGUAGUCAGUGGGAUGGAUGGAUAGAUACAUUGAAUAUGUAAUGGAGGUAUGUAUGAUUUGACUCAUGAAUCGGUUACCUGUCAGUUUGUGUGGGUAGAGAUUGCCCUCUGACUCCAUUGCAACCUAAUUAGUUGUAAUGUUUUCUGUAUUUGUGAACCAUAGGAAUUUUGCUGAAUGAGCGUUAAGAAAACUGAAUUUAAAUUCAAUGCUCUUGUGAAAGGGAUUGGAUCUCCACAGUUUUAUGUAUGUUAAUUGAUUUUGAACAGCAGUCUAAUGUUUUCCUAGACAUGCUUCUCCUUUUCCUACUUGUGGCACAAAAUUGGAUUUGGAUAUUGUUUGCAAGUCUGUUAAUGCUCAUUACCUCUGAAGCUGACUGACUGGGAGCCUCUCUCCCACAGUGGUUUCCUAUGCUACAGUUGGCAGAGCACAAACGGAUUUGUUCCGUGGUUUUCAUGAUGGACUUGUUGUAUAGUGAUCUACUCCCGAGUACAGCAGAAGUGUCCAUGUAUGGAUAAUAAAUCAUCCUGGCAUUAAUGGAGCUAUGACGAUGAGAAGAGGUUCAGAUAGAGAUGUGUCCUCUCUCAUCAUUACUUCAGUCACGUUAAACAGCCCUUCUAGUUGUGAGUGCAUUUACUAACGCCGGGCGUCUUUUUGUUCCUUUUUGGGGGGUUUUCUGAAAUUAAUGUAGCAUUUCUUAUGCAGAUACAGCCACAGUGUGCUGGAUAUAAUUUUAAUCAGCAGAGUCUGUCUGUGCGUCUUAUUUGCAUAGUGAUGCAAUUAAGAAUAAUUUGUGGCAAAAAAAAAAAUGACACCUGAAGUUGCACGGAUCUGGCAUCUCACUCAUGCCAGGCAUCUCACGGUGCAUGGCGUAUUGAGGUGAGAUGUAUGUGGACACAUCUGUAUGCCAGAUUUUUUUUUUUUUCUAAUCAGUUGUGAAAUUGUCAUUUACUAUAUGGGAGACCAAUAUUGAGCUUUAUAUUUGUGUUAGAUUUUGUUUCUUCAAGAUAAGCAAAAUUAAUGUUUUAUGUAGAUAUGAUUUCUAUCCAUAUGGCAUUUUCUCUUCCUGAACAUAGGAAUGUAAGCACAAAAUGUAAAUGUUUUUUUGGUCUAAAUGCAAACAUUGUAUUAAUGUAUAGACGUGUCCUCUUGUACCUGCCCUUUUUGCUUCAUAUGGCGUAAUACACCUGGCGGAGUUCCUGUGCUAUGCACUUUUUCCUCUCUUUUGCGUAUUACUUUUCUACUCGAAGACAUGUGCAAGUACUGUAUUUGGCAAUCUGAGAUGGUUUGAGUAGUUUUAGGGCCAUUAAAGUGGAAGGAAUAUAAAAUAUGGUGAUUGAUAAUUAAUCACAACGUGAUAUAGACACAUAGGUGCCGUUAUUCAUAAUUUUUUUUUUUUUUAACUGUAUAGUGCCAAAUCUAUAGUUGUGUCUUGCAUUUUUUUUAUAAUCUUCGCAUGUCUAUAUAGUUACAGUAGUGCCAUAUCUCUUUUUCUUAUUACGUAAUUAUUACGUAAUAAAAAGGAGCAAAAUUCUAUUUUAGAUGGGAACCAGAGAUUUUAUAGCACAUCAAAUUGUAACUGAAAUACAUUUUAAUGCUGUGAACGUUGCAGAAAACUUGUUACAAAAUAACUAAAUGAAUAUAUGUAAAGUCUUAUAAGAAUAAUUACUCAUUCAUGCCAAGCCAUGUACAGUAUCUAGCUAUAUACAUGCUUUCACCACCAGCGUGCCAUGGCUGUUUGAAUUAGGCAUAUAUAGAGAAUUUCCACAGAGUUAAGUAAAUCCCACACCAGUCUUUAGAAAGCUUUUUUUUUUUAUAUAUUUAAAUAUUCAGUGACUCUUUCUGCUUCAAUUUUGGUAAUGUAAUUUGAUCAUCCGUCACCGAUAUAAAUUCUUAUCAGCAGGUGCUAUCCUAAUGCUUACAGGUCCUAGACCCACAGUUACAUAUAAAUAAAAAUAAUAAGAAGAAAAGCGUUUUUCUCGAAUGCACUGGAACCACAAUGCUUGUUAAAAUAACUAAUCUUUAUUUGAUAUACAUUAAAAUCAUUAUAGGGAUUGGUGAAAUAUUAAAAUAUAAUGCGAUUAGAAAAAUAAAGUGUGAUAUUAAAAACUACGAGACUCCGAUCAAUAUUUAUUCAAAUAUAUAAUUAUUCACAAUAAAUGGCUUUAUUGAUAUAGAA